AAACCUCCGAGGAUGCAGAUCGUCAACUGUCUUGCAGCUGCGAUCGCGCUUGGCUUGGCCAGCGCCAGAAGCUUUCACAACGCUACCAACGUACAGGAUUAUCCGGAGUAUGGAUUCCCUCUGCUGCAGGAUGCCAACAACACCGAUCUACUGUUCCCUAUGCCAGCAUGUCACGGCUAUGUGAUUGCAGAGAAGAGCAUUGAGGAGCUUCAAGAGUACAUGACCUCUGGAAACCUCACAUCAGCUCAAUUGACUACUUGCUAUCUGCAAAGACAAUUCCAAACUCAUGAUUAUCUCAACGCUAUCCUCGAGAUCAACCCUGAUGUCUUCGAGAUCGCUGCAGCCAUGGACCACGAGCGCCGUUCUGGCAAGGUCCGUGGUCCUCUGCAUGGCAUUCCCUUUGCGGUCAAGGACAACAUUGCCACCAAGGACAAGAUGCAGACCACUGCUGGAUCUUGGGCUCUGCAGGGUUCGAUCGUACCUCGCGAUGCACACGUAGUAGCCAGACUUCGUGCAGCUGGUGCUGUCCUCCUCGGAAAGGCUACUUUGUCCGAAUGGGCUGACAUGCGUACCAAUUACUACUCUGAGGGAUACUCCGGUCGUGGUGGUCAAUGCCGUAGUGCUUACAACUUGACUGUCAACCCUGGAGGCAGCAGUUCAGGCAGUGGUGUUGGUGUUGGAGCCAACGUCUUCCCCUUUGCUCUUGGUACCGAGACUGACGGCUCUGUCAUUAAUCCUGCACAGCGCAACGCUAUCGUCGGUUUCAAGCCUACCGUUGGACUGACUUCUCGUGGUGGCGUUAUCCCUGAAUCCCUGAACCAGGACACUGUCGGUGCCUUUGGUAAGACUGUCCGCGACGUCACUUAUGUCCUCGAUGCUAUUCAUGGUGUCGACGUCUACGACAACGAGACCUCCGCUCAGGUCGGCAAGACACCUCAGGGUGGUUACGCACAAUUCCUGACCAACAGGACUGCCCUUAAGGGAGCCACCUUUGGUAUUCCAUGGAACAGCUUCUGGGUCUACGCCGAUGCUCACGAGCAAGAGGUCCUCCUUGAACUUGUAUCGCUGAUCGAGUCUGCUGGUGCCACCAUCGUCAACAACACCGAGCUCCCCUACUACGAGACCAUUGUCUCUCCCGAUGGCUGGAACUGGGACUACGGCAGCACCCGUGGCUACCCCAAUGAGAGCGAGUACAGCUACAUCAAGGUCGACUUCUACAACAACAUCCGCGAUUACCUGGCCGACCUGAACAACACAAACAUCCGCUCUCUCGAGGAUCUUGUGCAAUUCAACUACGACAACGAUGGUACUGAGGGUGGUUAUCCUUAUGCAAACGGCAGUGGUAUCCCUGCUUUCACCUCUGGACAAGAUGGUUUCUUGGCUUCAUUGGCCAGCAAGGGAGAAAAGAACGAGACUUACUGGUCUGCACUCAACUUCUGCCGUCACACUACCCGUGAGGCCGGUAUUGAUGCUGUUCUGGCGAUGGGACCCAACGGCACACAGCUUGACGGUCUAUUGGUUCCUCCGGAUGUCGCUCAGGCACCUCAAAUCGCUGCUCAGGCUGGUUACCCCAUGCUCACUCUGCCUGCCGGAACUCACGAGAACGGUAUGCCUUUCGGUUUGGCCAUCAUGCAGACUGCUUUCGCAGAAGACAAGCUCGUCAAAUGGGGUUCGGCGAUUGAGGAUCUGCAGAUCAGCUCUGGCACACCUCACAAGAGAACUCUGCCUCAAUGGCGUGACUACCUUGUUAGAAACAUCCCCGUCACCUAGAUCGGAGGACUUGGUACUGUUUACUAGAUAGAAGUGUAUGAGUAGCAUACCAUCAGGCAGUAACUAACCUGUUCUUGACGGUCCUUAAUUAUUUACAAUAUUUCUUCCAUUUAUCUUCCAAAGUCUAGGCGCCACGCGUUCACCCAAGAGAGCAAAAGACCCUGUCGCGCAUGUCCAGCGGCAAAGGAAGCCGAGGCGGAUCACGCGGGUAGCUUAAACAAUGACGCUGCUUGUCUCCAAAGGUGGCAAAGACUGCGAAUGCGACAAAGAAGUCGUGUUGUUCGAAAGGAAGAAUUACGCAGAAUUGGGUGGCUUAGAGUAGAAACAGCUAGCUGGGUGUUACGACGAUGGAAAGCCAACGACGACUAGAAGGAAAUUCCAAAAGGUCGGCGAAAUCGGCAAGAAGGGCAGGGCUUGGUAGACUGCGCCCAGAGGCUUGGAGUUUAAUAUGAGAAGAGAGGGAAGGGAAGACCGGUG